CGCCACUCCCAGCUCCUCGGGACUCCGCACGUCCUCCCGGGAUCUGCUGGAGGGGAGCGGCUGUGCAGACGCCAUGGAGGUAGUGCUGAUCUUUCUGUGCAGCCUGCUGGCUCCCACAGUCCUGGCCAGUGCAGCUGAGCAGGAGAAAGAAAAGGACCCUUUUCAUUAUGACUACCAGACCCUGAGGAUCGGAGGAUUGGUGUUUGCUGUGGUCCUCUUCUCAGUUGGGAUCCUUCUUAUCCUAAGUCGCAGAUGCAAGUGCAGUUUCAAUCAGAAGCCCCGGGCUCCAGGGGACGAGGAAGCCCAGGUGGAGAACCUCAUCACUGCAAAUGCAGCGGAGCCCCAGAAAGCAGAGAACUGAGGAGCAGCCUCCCGAGGGAAGCCUCGGGAACCUGAAGGCAGCUGCUCCAACCUUCAGAUGCAGAUGGCGAUGCUUCAGAAAGCAGCCACCCCCACAACAGACCCUUCCCCAGGAGAAGCCAAGAACUUGUGUGUGUCCCUUGUGCCCUUCCUGUGCCCACUAACCCCGGUCCUCUACAUCAUGAUGCAACUAACCCUGGCUUCCCCACCUGCAGCCUGUGGUCCCCACCUAGUGUGUGUGUGUGUGUGUGUGCGCACGUGUCUUGUCGACUUGAUCUUCGUGGCUACUUGUUGGUGGCUGGUAUCAUAUUCGUGAUCUGUAGACUCGCUUUCCCCAGUAGGGGCUGAGCCAUUGCCAUCGGCUCCUCCCUGCCUCCCCGUGGCUCUGCAUCCUCUCCUGCUUCCUGGAGUUUGCUUUUCCCCUGGGAGCCCAAUCCCUCCUCCUGAUUUAGGGAUGAGGGUAGAGUAGGUGCCUGGGCAGGAGUCCCCAGCUCCCAACUCUCCUGGGCUGGAGAAGUUUUCUAUCAUUGCUCCUCACCCACUCUUCAGUCCUUUCGCGAGAACCUCACUCCCAUAUUCCACCCUGACCCGAGUGCCUGGAAGGCCUCUUAGCUAUUGGAGGUGGGAAGAAGUUGCUGGUGAGCCAAGGUUGCUGUCAGGCGGCCUCCGCCCUUCCAUGGCCUCUUUCCUCUUGGGUCCUGCACCAUGGAGCCCCAUCUGCCUGCCCCUUUGCAGAGUACCCAGGGAUUCCAGGCCCAGGGCUUCUAUUCCAUCCCUGGGGAAUGUGCCCCUUGCAUAUCUUCUCAGCAAUAACCCAGGGGCUCUGGAACCUCUCACUCUGUCCCAUCUAACCUGUUUCUCAGAUUUCAGUCUGGGCUCAGACUCUCAUCCUGGAGUUGGGUCACUGGCAGGUGACAGCUGAGGGAGGCCUGUUCUGCUGGGGCCAGCUUGUGGAGAUGGGAUGGACAACGGGGAGAGUGGGAGGUCUUUGCUUCUCUGCCCAGGUCCCCUUGUCUGGGGAGCAGGGGCAGCUCCUUUGUCCUUCCUCUGCCUGUUGACUGGAGUGUGAGUGUUGGAGUGAUGUGUGAGGCCACAGCUGUGUUGCAGGUUGGAGACGCAGCAGGGCUCCACGAAGCCCUGCUGGAGAGCCAUGGCAAGAAGUUGAAGGUCAUAAGAGUGGAACUCGGCCAGACCCUGCCCCACCCAUCCAUUGCAUUUGUGGAAACUAACCAAACCUUGAUGCGUGACCAGGACUGCUGUUCUCUGUCUUGUGAUCUGUCCUCUCAACAGAAAGAGAUAAAUAAAACACAUCGUUGUUUCCUAGUG